AUGAAAAUUCUUAUAACUAUUGUGUUAGUGUUCACCCUAAUUAUAGUUUAUAUAGUAAUGAUGGGUAAUAAAAAAAACAUUAAAUUAGUAGUAGACUACACUAAAGAAUAUAGAAUGGUUUUUAUAGUAAAUAGUGACCUUAAAAUGGGGAAAGGGAAAGUUAUUAGUCAAUGUAUGCAUGGUUAUGAUGGUAUUUUAGAAUCCCUUAGUUUAUUUAGAGAAAAAGAUAACUUGCUUAGAUGUUGGAGAAACAGUGGUAGUGCAAAAAUUAUUCUUAAAGCCACAGAAGAAGAAAUGAAGUCUUUAAUUGUUAAUAACAACUAUAUUCAUCAUUAUUGUGUUUAUGAUGCGGGUAGAACACAAGUUCCAUCUCAUUCGUUUACUGUAUUAGUUUUUGGUCCUGAAAUAGAAGAUAAAUUAAUAGAAUUAACGAAGGGUUUAAAACUUUAUUAA